AUGCUAAUGGUUGCUCGCACUGCUCGGCCGCGUGAAAAGGCCGCCGGCUCCGCUACACUGCGAUCACCGCUCUAUCUGUUCGGGAAUGCCGGUGACUGUGGUGAAAGUGAUAAGGAGAGCGAUAGUGCAACACCACCACUGUCGCGGUCGGCUUCAUCACCCAAGCCGCUCGUGCCCUAUGCGUCCAGCGAUGCCCUGCCGCCAAACCCAUGGCGGCAACGAACAACAGUGGAUGACUUGGAGAGGGCUCAGCGCAGAGACCCCCGCGGUGUCGCACAGUUCAGGCCUGUCCUGCAAGCCGCCAGAGAGACCUUAGACAGCCCAUUGAGUGAACCAAAGCCGCUGCUGGAGCCGUACCUCUACGCGCAGGACCUGGCGCGAGUUGCGACGGUGGAUGCAUGGCAAUUGCGCCGCAGCCGAUACUUGCAACGACUUCGAAACGGUGCCGCCACCCCGCGGGAGGUGCACGUGGGUGACGGGGGCCCCCGAUGCCACUCACGCUACCUUGACACGGGGAUCUCUGCCUUGCCGCGACUCAACAGCAGUGAUGACGACCCCUCUAACGAGCGCCAUAGUCUGAACACAGCUGACAAGAACGGCCUCGACAGCCACCUCGCCCGCUCAUCCUCCACAACGCCGAUACCGCUGCCGCUUCUCACGCCAUUCGCGCCGGUGGAGUCACCCGAGAUCACGAAGGAGUCCACCGUCAGCCGAACUGACGCCGGCGCAUCCGCGUGGCGAAUGAGGAGCGGUGCUCACGACGCGUCUCCGCUGCUGAGCGGAGCAAACCCAAAUGUGCUGGCGGUGCGCUGCCUCUUUCAGGCCGCCCGCAUGGAAGCUGCCGCGGCGGCGCGGUCGAUCCCAGAGUCUGCUGAUGAGAUUGCGUCCUCUCUCUCCGCGCAAAGCACGAGCAAGAGUCACCGGUGGCAACCGCGCGCGUCCCUGACCCACAAGCCAACCGGGACACUCCUCAAGAGCGGCGCCGACGCCAUGCCCCCUGACCGUGGGGGUGCUGGCGGUCCGAAAGUCGACCCCGACACUUUCUCAAAGGCUUCCGCUGCUUCCGGUGCUACCAGCGCCGCACCUCUGGGGUUGCUGGGCAACUUGUUCAUUGACGACGCCACACUCGCGCUCUUUGGCUGUAGGGACACAGAUCGUGACGAGGAGGAGCUCGUGAACACCUCCAAUUCUACGGUGACGCUACCGUCAGACCACGGCCUGGCCGACAUCCUGCGCGAUCGAGUGCACCAAAGGACCGUCACCUUUACUCUCUCUUCAAGCCACACGCUGGAUGAGCCUCCGAUGACGACGAAGACACACGCAAUUCUGGGAAAAGCUCGACUGGCCACCAACACAUCCACGCAGGCCCUUCUCAUUAGAGCAGCAAGCCCGGAGAAACUCCCACGAGCUGCAGCCGGCGGCGAGGCAUUUCCGGCACAGCCGACGUCUGCCACAUCUCGGAAUCUUGUGCAAGCGAUGCGGCGGCUUCUCUAUGCGGAGGAGUACGAGCGCGGUCUGCUGUGCCAGCUCGCCCAGCAGUCCUCUCCGACGCGUUGGUACUCGACGUUGCUGCCGAACGGCAAAGACGGCAUUCGCUUCCGCCUCCUCAUUCCACCGACCAUGACCGAUGACGUAGCUGUGCAUGAGCGCCUCUACAGUGCCAUACGACAUGCUGCGCAGGCGAUUGCGCAACCUCGUCGCGACGCGACUGCGGCAGAGGAAGCCCGCCGCCACGCACCGCUGCCCGUGCUCAACAAGAGGAGCGUCAGCCAGUCCUUCUGUGCCGCUGACGACGCCCAGCUCACGGUGGAGAGGGCCGGCGCUGAGAAGACGCUUCUAUUGAAAAGAUGGACCAGCCUCCACGAAAACCUCUCCGCCCAGCUCCGCCUCUUCGGUGAAGAGGCGGCGCAGCGUCGUAGGCUGCUAGGUGAGUUCCUUUCGUGCACGCACCCUUUCCCGUGCAUGUGUCUCACCUGCGACCUGGAGGUGCUCGCCAUGUCAGCCGUGCCGCUGGAGCCUACAGUAAAACCCGCCUGCUGGUACGCCUCGGUCGUGCUCAGUCGCCACAAGGACGUGUUGCAGAAGGAGCUGCUGGCACGUUACCACGCAGAGCGUCAUCGUCUCUACGACCUCUUCAAGGUAGAGUUCAGCGCUCUAUACACCUACAAGAAACUUGUGUCGCAUGAGGCACGUCGGUUUAGGCAAAUGAUACGGUAUCAUGAGUUUUGCCUCCGUGUGGCAGAGUCGCGCGAAGGCGACCGGCAGCAGCCACGCAGCGAAGACGUGCCACCGGCCGAUUUUGCGACGCCAAGACCCUCUUCUUCUGGCUUCACAGCACUCACCCCCAUGCAGACGGCGCUGCUUGAGGUCGUUGACGAGUCUGAAGCAGCGCUUCCGAUGCGUGCACGCUUGCUCCACCACGGUGGCUCGUGCAUGUGGCGGUUGCGGCAGCGUCGACUGCGCUGCUGCGCCGCCUUCGACUCCCCCUUCUUCUCGUAUCUGCUGUACACAGACGUCCUGACGACCGUCGCCGCAGAGGAGGAGGUGCGCACCAUGCGGAUGGUGUCCGAGACGGUCGAGCGCGCGGCGCUAAAGGCAUCUAUGAUAGCCGAGGAGGCGUUUGCCCACUUCAGCGAGAGUGAGCGGCGAGCCCGCGUGCAGGUAAGCGCGGAGCGGGAUGAAGCGUACGACGCGUUGUGCGCUGGGCCUCUCGCCGACCUGCAGGCGGCCUACGCAGCAGAGCUGCAGAAGGCACAGGUCGCGGCAUAUGCCAAGUCGUGCGAGGAGGCCCGGCAGAGCUUCGUGGCCGCUGCAGUAGCGGAGAAGAUGGCAGCCGAGGAGGGGGAAAUGAACUGGUAUCGCCAGUUUGUGUUCGAAAUGCGGCAGCGUUCCUUGGCCCUGUUGGUUGCCGGCCGCUCUGCCGCGCAGUCGACGGCGGCGUCGCGAGAGUGGUUAGGCCGUCAGCAGCACAUGUCACUGCUUAACAACGAGCAACGAUUGCGCGACCGCAUUGUGCUCGUGGAAGAGACGGAUGUGCGUGUGCGGAUUACGGCGGCUGCUGAAGCGUCUUUGAGGCACGCACGCAAGCGCGAAGCUCUUCGAUUGAGCGAGGAGGCGGCGACCACGCGAGAGGCUGCCCAGCGCGCGGUGGAGGCGGUUCAGCGCGCGUGCGAUCUGGCGGAGGCGGCCGUACGCGCCCAGCUGCAGCGGGAGGAGCGUGCGGCGGAUCCGAGCAAGCGCCCGAGUGUCCACAUGCGGGCCGACACCGUGAACUCCUUUUUCAGGAUGACAGCAGAGCUUGAGGAGGACUUUGAUGUGUUCUUGUCAAAUCUCAGCAGUGACACGUGA